AGGGACUGAGCCACACACACUGAGGGACGGAGCCACACACACUGAGGGACGGAGCCACACACACUGAGGGACGGAGCCACACACACUGAGGGACUGAGCCACACACACUGAGGGACUGAGCCACACACACUGAGGGACUGAGCCACACACACUGCCCCAUAUAACCUCCCAUUGCACCACUGUGUCCUAUACACACCCCUCUGUGUAUCCUCCACUCCCCCUGAGUGUGUAGAUUAGCUCCAGUAUGAGUCAUGGAUCGUCAGCCUAAGAGGCGCCUGCUUUACUAGCAGAGGUGGAUCAAUGGAACUGCACUGAGUGAUGAGAUUAUAUUCCUGAAUUCGCAUGGCUUGAGAAAAAUCACCUGACAGCAGCCGUGCAAAGACUGACCCCCCCUAACUUCACUGUUUUUCAUCACUGGACUGACUCUCACAGAACUGACUCUUCCUGGACUGACUCAAAGGACUGACUAUGACUCACUGGCAUCCCCCAGGGAUAACCGUUAUCCCUCUUUGACAUUUACGACAUGGCCAUGUCCCUUUUUCUGAACCUGUUCUUUUUCUAAACUCGGAAGCCGUGGACUGGAGGUGAGAGCCAGUGGGCGGUCAGCUCCUCACCAUGGUGUUGCCGCCCCCUGACAAACGCCACGUGUGCCUGACCACCAUCGUCAUCAUGACCAGUAUGGCAUUCAUGGAUGCCUACCUGGUGGAGCAGAACCAGGGGCCCAGGAAGAUUGGCGUGUGCAUCAUUGUGCUGGUCGGGGACAUCUGCUUCCUCAUCGUGCUGCGCUACGUGGCCGUGUGGGUGGGCGCCGAGGUGCGCACGGCCCGCCGUGGCUACGCAAUGAUUCUCUGGUUCCUCUACAUCUUUGUACUGGAAAUCAAGCUCUACUUCAUCUUCCAGAACUGCAAGGCCGAUAGGAAGUCCCUGGAGACGGUGGCCCGGAAAGCCUUGACUCUGCUACUGUCUGUGUGUGUCCCGGGGCUGUACUUGGUGCUAGUGGCUCUGGACAGCAUGGAGUAUGUGAGGACCUUCAGGAAGAAGGAGGACAUGCGGGGGAGGAUCUUCUGGGUGGCUCUAGAUCUUCUGGAUCUUCUGGACAUCCAGGCCAACCUGUGGGAGCCUCAGAGGACCGGCCUGCCCAUCUGGGCCGAGGGGCUGAUGUUCUUCUACUGCUACGUCCUUCUCCUCACCCUGCCCUGCGUCUCCCUCAGCGAGAUCUCCACGCAAGGAGAACACGUGUCGCUCCAGAAGAUGAUGCUCUACCCUGUCCUCAGCCUGAUUACCAUCAACGUGGUCACUAUCCUGAUCCGCGGGGUCAACAUGGUGCUGUUCCAGGACAGUAGAGUCUCCACCAUCUUCGUCGGCAAGAACGUGGUGGCGAUCGCCACGAAGGCAUCCACCUUCCUGGAGUACCGGCGUCAAGUGAAGGAGUUCCCUCAACCACAGAACGCCAUGGCGUUGGAGCUGCAGCAGAACUCUGUGGGCCACGGACAUACACCCCACACGUCCCACUCGCAGCCUCUAGCCAACUCCACAAAUCUUCCCCACGAACCCUCGCCAGCGCGACACAUGGAAACAUGACCGCCAGCACUAGACUGUCUGGACACCAGCGGAGCAUUGCCACUGCUGCCGUCAGUGACUAACUACAGUGACUAACUACAGUGACUAACUACAAAGACUAACUACAGUGACUAACCAUAGUGACUCGUUCUGUCUAUCCAGUCUCUGAGAGUUUGGUAUUAAGAGAAAUGUGGGUUUCAUGACAGGAUGGUAUUCUCCUGCCUAUCAAGCCCACUUGAACAGAGGAUAUAACAACUAGAGGGAUAUUUUCAGCCUCUGUCUGCCUGUCUAUUGGAGAAGGAUACAAAUUCACCUUCUUGAUUCUGACAAGAGCGAACUGAUGUGGUUUUAUUUGUUUUUAAAUUAACUAUUUUAUUCUGCAGCUGAGUAAUGUAACAGUACAUUUUACAAUUUGUUCCUCUCUGAAUAUCUGUGAUUUUCUAAAACCCCUUUCGACUGUCCAUUGCGUGGCUUUUUUCUUUAUAGUCCUUAAAAAGGAGGUAUACCACUCGCCCUACAGAAGCACUAAGUUGAAGUGGAGAAAGAGAGGAUGGAGAGGAAGGGAAGGAGAAAGGGUCAAUAAGAAGGGUGGCAGUAGAAGAUUGAAAUUCAGCCUCUACUUUAAUUCUGCUGAGAAAGGAGCUAACUGAAGUCUGCUGCCUCGGCCUGUGUGAAGCUUUACGACCAACUGGUCUGCUGCCUCGGUCAGUGUGAUGUUUUACGACCAAAUGGUCUGCUGCCUCGGUCAGUGUGACGUUUUAUGACCAAAUGGUCUGCUGCCUCGGUCAGUGUGACGUUUUACGACCAAAUGGUCUGCUGCCUCGGUCAGUGUGACGUUUUACGACCAAAUGGUCUGCUGCCUCGGUCAGUGUGACGUUUUACGACCAAAUGGUCUGCUGCCUCGGGUCAGUGUGAUGCUUUACGACCAAAUGGUCUGCUGCCUCGGUCAGUGUGAUGCUUUACGACCAAAUGGUCUGCUGCCUCGGGUCAGUGUGACGCUUUAUGACCAAAUGUAUGCUAAAAGCACCAGAGCUCAGCACUAUACACUCUAUUUGAGGCAGCCAACCGUGUGUGUGUGAUUCUGCGUGUGUGUGUGUGUGUGUGUGAUUCUGUGUGUGUGUGUGUGU